AUGUCGGGCAAGCUCUACAGCCCCUACAACAGGCGCAAGCCGAGCAACACGCUCGUCAUCGUGUGGUGCAGUGCCUUUUUCACCCUCCUAAUCCUCACGUGGUGGAUCUCGACGAGGCACAGCGAGACGGCCAGGAGGUACGCCGACAAGUUCGCCGAGCCGCCCAGGCACGACGACUAA